AUGAGUCAUGUGUCAAGUCGUAUUCGCAACAAUAACGAAGAUUAUUCAGAAAAAACGAAAAUGUGCAGUCAUCAGGCAAAAACGAUGAUUGAGUCUAAAACAUCACCACAUAUGUUUAAGAAUCAUUUUGACAAUUCUCAAAUGAUCGGAAAGAUUGAAAAGAAGACGUUCUUUGACAGUGAAAUUUUCAAGAUAGUCAGAGGAAUGUUGUUAGCCUUACUAAUAUUAUUCUUGUGUUAUCACGGACCAAUGCAAUAUAGUGUUUUGGAGAAUGGUCAGAUCCUUCAUGGUCUUUCUUCGAGAAAAACGAUCAUGACCUUUAGUUUGGGCUAUUCUCUUUCGCACUCCAUAAUAUCCGCUAUUGCAACUGGCAUGCUUAUCUAUUCCAUUAUUUUGAAACAGCCAAAAUUUAGUUGGCCCCUUAUGAGUCUCUUUAUGGCCGAACUUGUCUACGAUUCCUGCGAUGCGAUUGAAAUGGUUUGGUAUCUCUUUGGGUAUCUUCGGCUACAAACUGCGCUGCUUUAUGCUGCAGGAAUUCUUCUACUGAUUUUGGCAGAAAUCUGGACGUGGCUGGGUGUUUUGCGACUCUACGAGUAUCGAAAAUUUCAAUAAUUACUGAUUAAAUGACAGACAUCAAAACG